AGCUGUGUUCCUCACAAUGUUGUCCGGGCUGCUGCGCUCCACAGGAGGAUGCUCGCGGUCAGGACGUUGUCGGGACGAUCCUUGCUAUUAUGUGGAUGUCGAGGGGAGAAAAAUGGCUACCAGCGAUGAAGGAGAAGAGGGCGUUGCGAUCACUCGUGGACUAACACGUCGAAUGUAACCUAUGGAUGGACACGGAGGGCCCCGCCUGGAGCUAACCUACGCAGUGUGUCAUAGCGGGCUGAGUGUUGAGCUGUGACCGCUGCUGGCUGGGCGAGCUUUGUGAAGAUGAACAUGAUGAAGAGGAUCAUGGGGCGUCCGCGGCAGGAGGAGUGCAGCCCGCAGGACAACGCCCUGGGUCUGAUGCACCUGCGCCGCCUCUUCUCGGAGCUGUGCCACCCUCCUCGUCACAUGACCCAGAAGGAGCAGGAGGAGAAGCUCUACAUGAUGCUGCCCGUCUUCAACCGGGUGUUUGGCAACGCGGCGCCCGGCAGCAUGACGGACAAGUUCUCCGACCUGCUCCAGUUCACCACCCAGGUGUCGCGCCUCAUGGUGACCGAGAUCAGGCGCAGAGCCUCCAACAAGUCCACGGAGGCGGCCAGUCGAGCCAUAGUCCAGUUCCUGGAAGUGAACCAGAGCGAGGAGGCCAGUCGCGGCUGGAUGCUCCUCACCACCAUCAACCUGUUGGCCUGUUCAGGACAGAAAACGGUGGACUGCAUGACGACCAUGUCGGUGCCGUCCACGCUGGUCAAAUGUCUCUAUCUCUUCUUCGACCUCCCCCACAUGGCCGAGGCCCCCGCCCCGCCCCCGCCUCCUCCGCCGCCGCCGCCGCCGCCGCCACCACCCCAGGAGAAGACAGCGGGCCCGGGCCACGCCCCCACAGAGCUGCCCUUGGCCGACCGCCGAGCGCUGCUCCAGAAGGUCUUUGUGCAGAUCCUGGUCAAGUUGUGCGCCUUUGUGUCGCCGGCCGAGGAGCUGGCUCAGAAGGACGACCUCCACCUGCUGUUCAGCGCCAUCACCUCCUGGUGCCCCCCCCACAACCUGCCCUGGAGGCACAGCGCCGGGGAGGUCCUUACCACCAUCUCCCGACACGGCCUCAGCGUCAACGUGGUCAAAUACAUCCACGAGAAAAAAUGCCUGGCCAUAUGCGUGCAGAACAUGCAGCAGUCGGACGACCUUUCACCUCUGGAGAUCGUGGAGAUGUUCGCCGGCCUCUCUUGCUUCCUCAAGGACUCCAGCGACGUGUCCCAGACGCUGUUGGACGACUUCCGCAUGUGCCAAGGCUACAACUUCCUGUGCAAUCUCAUGCUGAGGCUGGAGCAGGCCAAGGAGGACGAAUCCAGGGACGCGCUGAAGGACCUGGUCAACCUGGUCACAUGUCUGACCACCUACGGUGUGACGGAGCUCAAACCGGCCGGGCUGACCACCGGCGCCCCCUUCUUGCUGCCCGGAUUUGUUCUCCCGCAGCCUUCGGGCAAAGGACACACAGUGCGCAACAUCCAGGCCUUCUCGGUGCUGCAGAACGCCUUCCUGCAGGCGAAGAGCAGCCGCCUGGCCUGCAUGCUGCUGGACGCCAUCGGCAACAUCUACGGCGCCGAGCCGGCCAACUACUUCAUCCUCGAGUCGCAGCACACGCUGUCGCAGUUGGCCGAGCGCGUGGGCCGGGUCCCCGAGGCGCAGGCCAAGUACUUUGAGCUGCUGGAACUGGUGGUGUUCAGCCUCAACUACGUGCCAUGCAAGGAGCUGUUCAGCGUCAGCGUGCUGCUCAAGUCCAGCACUUCGCACGCCUGCAGCAUCACGGCCGUGCGCACGCUGCUCAAGCUGGCGCGCCACGACCUGGUCUUCAGCGACGUGCUGCGGGAGGUGGGCCUGCUGGAGGUGCUGGUCAACCUGCUGCACAAGUACGCUGCCUUGCUCAAGGACCCGGCUUCGCAGCACCAGGCGCACGACAACGAGCAGGCUGAAAGUGCAAACAACAGUGUGGUGGAGGAGCAGAAGCAGCUGGCCUGGCUGGUCAUGGAGACUCUGAUGGUGCUCCUGCAAGGCUCACACACCAUGAACACCAACGCAGCCCUGUUCAGGGAGUUUGGCGGCGCCCGCUGCGUGCACAACAUCAUCAAGUACCGGCAGUGUCGCGAACACGCCCUGCUCAUCAUCCAGCAGCUGGUCCUGUCGCCCAGCGGGGACGACGACAUGGGCACCCUGCUGGGUCUCAUGCACUCUGCACCGCCCCGAGAACUCCAGCUCAAGACGGACAUCCUGCGGGCACUGUUGGCCGUGCUGCGAGAGAGCCACCGCACGCGCACCGUCUUCCGCAAGGUGGGCGGCUUCGUCUACGUGACCUCGCUGCUGGUGGCCAUGGAGCGCUCGCUGUGCCAACCCCCUCGCCACGGCUGGGAGCGCGUCAACCAGAACCAGGUCUUCGAGCUGCUGCACACCGUCUUCUGCACGCUCACGGCCGCCAUGCGCUAUGAGCCCGCCAACUCCCACUUCUUCCGAACAGAGAUCCAGUACGAGAAGCUGGCCGACGCCGUCAGGCUGCUGGGAUGCUUCUCUGACGUGAAGAAGCUGAGCCCCACCAGCGUCUUCCCCUCCAACUCUGAGCCUUUCCAGAGGCUGCUGGAGGAGGAGGCGGGGCCUGCAGGAGAGGGGGUGUGUCCUACGCUCAGACACUGCAGCAAGCUCUUCAUCUACAUGUACAAGAUGGCCACAGACUCUUUCGACAGUCGGGCGGAUCAGGUUCCUCCCUGCCUGACUCACGAGACAUCGCUGCCCUCGCCGUGGGGCACCCCCGCCCUCGCCAGGAAGAGACACGGCUACCAGGCUUCAUCGGGCCCUCCGGCCCCCAUCAAGCUGCUGAGCGAGCUGAAGCUGCACGCCGCUCCCUCCUGGUCCUCCAGCGAGACGGUGGUCAUCCACCCGGGGGCCGUCCUGGCCAUGGUAGACCUGCUGCCCUCGGUCUGCUCGGACAGCCAGCCGGAGCACGCCCUGGACCUGCAGCUGGCGGUGGCCAACAUCCUGCAGCUGCUGGUGAACAGCGAGAGGAACCAGCAGGUCCUGUGCGAGGCCUCUCUCCAUCAGCGCCUGCUCCAGCGCUGCAGUCAGGCGCUGGGCGACGAGGACCACCCGCUGCACCCCCCGCUGCAGCGCAUGUUCGAAAGGCUGGCGUCGCAGGCGCUGCAGCCCAUGGCGCUCAGGGAGUUCCUGCGUCUGGGGAACCCGCUGAACUGCGGCGCCUGGGACAAGAAGCUGCUGAAGCAGUACCGCGUGCACAAGCCCAGCUCGCUCAGCUACGACGGCGACAUGAGAAACAGCAUGACCACGUCCAUGGAGGGCUUUGGCACCGACAGCGUGUUCGCCACGCCGGCCGAGGACAACGGGCAAUACCGCAUCAGCCGCAGCCUGGUGCGCUCGGCUGAGGACAGCACGGUGCCGCUCACCCGCGUUAAGUGUCUGGUGUCCAUGACCACACCCCACGACAUCCGCCUGCACGGCUCUGCCGACACGCCCGCCUUCGUGGAGUUCGACACCUCGCUGGAGGGCUUCGGGUGUUUGUUCCUGCCCAGUCUGGCGCCACACAAUGCCCCCACCAACAACGCCAACGCCUCUGGGGUCAGCGACGGCGCGGUGCUGAGCGGCAUCGGCACAGGGGAGCGCUUGUUUCCCCCACCCUCCGGCCUUAGCUACUCUACCUGGUUCUGCGUGGAGCGCUUCAGCACGGCGCCCCAGGCCCACCCGGUGCGCCUGCUGACGGUGGUGCGGCGGGCCAACUCGUCGGAGCAGCACUACGUGUGCUUGGCGUUGGUGCUGUCGGCCAAAGACCGCUCGCUCAGCGUCUCCACCAAGGAGGAGCUGCUGCAGACGUAUUCGGACGAGUCCAGCGAGGAAGCAUCCUUCUAUGAGAUCCUGCCUUGCUGCGCUCGUUUUCGCUGUGGCGAGCUCAUCGCGGAGGGCCAGUGGCACCACCUGGUGUUGGUGAUGAGCAAGGGCAUGCUGAAAAACAGCAUGGCCACGCUCUACCUGGACGGGCAGCUCAUCAACACCGUCAAGCUACACUACGUCCACAGUGUUCCGGGGGGUUCUGGAUCGGCCAACCCGCCAGUGGUCAGCAGCGUGUACGGCUACGUGGGCACCCCGCCAGCCCAGCGCCAGCUCUCCAGCCUGGUCUGGCGCCUGGGGCCCAGCCACUUCCUGGAGGAGGUCUUGCCCGCCGCCAGCGUCACAGCCAUCUUCGACCUGGGACCCACCAACGUGGGGAGUCUGCAGGCCGUCUACCUGCCUUGUAAGGACUCCAAGGCCGAGGUGGCGCCCGCCUCCCCUGUGGCGCUGGUGCCGGAGGAGAAGGUGUCCUUCAGCCUCUACGCCGUCUCCGUGUCCACUCUGACCGUGGCCAAGAUCAGGAAGGUCUACAACAAACUGGACAGCAAGGCCAUCGCCAAACAGCUGGCCGUGUCGUCUCAUGAAAACGCCACGCCAGUCAAGUUGAUCCAUAACGCCGCCGGACACCUCAAUGGAGCGGCGCGCACCGUGGGCGCCGCCGUCAUCGGCUACUUGGGCGUGCGCGCCUUCUCCCCGAAGCCUGUGGCCAACAACCUGCAGUACGUGGGCGGGGCGGCGGCCAUCUUGGGCCUGGUGGCCAUGGCGUCAGACGUGGAGGGUCUGUACGCGGCGGUGAAGGCGCUGGUGUGCGUGGUGAAGAGCAACCCGCUGGCCAGCAAGGAGAUGGAGCGCAUCAAAGGCUACCAGCUGUUGGCCAUGUUGCUGAAGAAGAAGCGCUCGCUGCUCAACAGUCACAUCCUGCACCUGACCUUCUCCCUGGUGGGCACGGUGGACAGUGGCCAUGAGACCUCCAUCAUCCCCAACUGCACCGCCUUCCAGGACCUGCUCUGUGACUUUGAGGUGUGGCUGCACGCGCCCUACGAGCUUCACCUGUCCCUCUUUGAGCACUUUAUCGAGCUGCUUACAGAGUCCAGCGAGGCGGCCAAGAACGCCAAACUGCUGCGGGACUUCCAGCUGAUCCCUCGCCUGCUGCUGACCCUCAGGGACCCCUCUCUGUCUCAGGCCACCCUGGCCUCCAUCUGCAACGUGCUGAGUCUGCUGCUGCAGGGCUUCCCCAACCCCUACGACCUGCUCAGGGUCGCUCAGUUCAUCUCCUCCACCCUGCCCACCUUCGCUGUCUUCGAGAAGUUUGUGGUCAUGGAGGUCAACGACCAGGAGAAGGUGGACGCAGGUACCGAGGAGGACUUUGGUGGCCUCCUGUCGGCCAACCUCAUCCUGCUGAGGAACCGCCUGCUGGACAACCUGCUGUGCCUGCUGUUCACCAGCAAGGAGAAGUGCAGCGUCAACGCCCAGGCGUGUGAGGAACUGGUGCGUACAUUGGGCUUCGACUGGCUGCUCAUGUUCAUGGAGGAGCACCUGCACUCCAGCACGGUGGUGGCGGCUUUGUGGAUCCUGGUGGUCCUGCUCUCCAACCAGUCCAUCCUCAACCGCUUCAAGGAGGGCCUGUGUGGCGGGGGCUGGCUGGACCACACCGACUCUGUCCUCACCAACAAGAUCGGCACGGUGCUGGGUUUCAACGUGGGCCGCAGCGCCGGGGGGCGCUCCACCCUGCGUGAGAUCAACCGGGACGCCUGCCACUUCCCGGGGUUCCCGGUGCUGCAGACGCUGCUGCCCAAGCACACCAGCGUGCCGGAGCUCUACUUCCUGCUGAUGGCGCUCUUCCUGCAGCAGCCGGUCAGCCAGCUGCCGGACAGCCUGCAGGUACAUUUUGACCUGGACUCCAUCUGGACCUUCAUCUUCGGCCUGCAGGCCUCCAGCGGGACGGUGGUGGGCUCAAUCCACAGCGUGUGCACCGAGGCUGCCUUCCUGCUGCUCGCCAUGCUGCGCAGCAUGCUCAACCUGCCCUGGCAGUCCGAGGAGGAGGGGUCUUGGCUGAGGGAGUACCCGGUGACCCUCAUGCAGUUCUUUCGCUAUCUCUACCACAACGUGCCCGACCUGGCGCCCAUGUGGCACAGCCCCGACUUCCUGUGCGCCUUGGCCGCCGCCGUCUUCCCGUUCAACAUGCGGCCGUACUCCGAGAUGGUCAGCGACCUGGACGACGAAGCCAGCUCGCCCAUCGAGGAGUUCAAGGCCUUCGCUGGGGACUCUGGGAUGAACCGCAGCCAGUCGGAGUACUGCAACGUGGGCGCCAAGACCUCGCUAACCAACCACCCGGCCAAGAAGUACGUCCUGGACUUCAUGCGGGCGCUCAUCAUGGACAACCUGUGCAUGACGCCUGCCAGCAAGCAGACGCCCGUCAUCGACCUGCUGCUGGAGGCGUCUCCGGAGCGUUCCACCAGAACCCAGCAGAAGGAGUUCCAGUCCAACCUCCUGGACGGGGUCAUGGAGCACCUACUGGCCGCUGACGUCCUACUCGGCGAGGACUCCACACUGCCGCUGGGCAGCGGGGGCAGCUACCAGGUCCUGGUGCACAACGUCUUCUACUUCAGCCAGCGCGUGGUGGACAAGCUGUGGCAGGGGAUGUUCAACAAGGACUCCAAGCUUGUGGUGGACUUCAUUGUGCAGCUCAUUGGACAGUCCAAGAGGCGCUCCCAGGGUCUGUCGCUGGACCCCAUCUACCACUGCUUGAACCGCACCGUUCUCUACCAACUGUGCCGCCCCCACAAGACCGUGGCCCAGCAGGUGGCGCUGCUGGACGCCCUGCGGGUGCUGACCGUCAACCGCAACCUGGUGCUGGGUCCGGGCAACCACGACCAGGACUUUGUGGCCUGCCUGGCGCACUGCUUCAUCUGCCUGCACUCGGGCAGCAGCGUGGAGGGCUUCGGCCUGGAGGCGGAGGCCAGGAUGACCACCUGGCACGUCAUGAUGUCCCCGGAGAGCGAGCACGAUGCCACUAACAACCACGACGUCAGCGAGGGGCGGCAGCUGCUGCUGAAGGCGGUGAACCGGGUGUGGACAGAGUUAAUGCACAGCAAGCGUCAGAUGCUUGAGGACAUCUUCAAGGUGUCCCUGCCCUGCAAUGACAGAGGACACGUGGACAUCAGCACCGCCCGGCCCGCCCUGGAGGAGCCUGCCCUCAAGAGCUGGCAGAACCACCUGGUUCACGAGAAAAAGUGCAUCAGUCGUGGCGAGGCGGUGGCGCCGGCCAGCCAGUCCAAGCUGUCCCGCGUGAGCAGCGGCUUCGCCCUGUCCAAGCUGACAGGCGUGCGGCGUCACAAGAAGGAGAACAGCCUGAACAAGAACAGUCUCUCGGCACAGGAAGCUUUCCAGUGGAUGUUCACGCACAUCGCCGUGGUCCGAGACCUGGUGGCCAUGCAGUACAAGGAACAUCAAGAGCGCCAGCAGAACGCCCUGAAGUACGUGACGGAGGAGUGGGCGGCCAUCGAGUACGAGCUGCUGCGGGAGCGCGGCCUGUGGGGACCCCCCAUCGGCUCGCACCUGGACAAGUUCAUGCUGGAGAUGACGGAGGGUCCGUGUCGCAUGAGGAAGAAGAUGGUGCGCAACGACAUGUUCUACAUCCACUACCCCUACAUGCCUGACACGGAGAACUGCAACCCCGCACAGAAGCCGGUGCGUUACAGGCGUGCCAUCAGCUAUGACAGCAAGGAGUACUACAUGCGACUGUUGUCAGGGAACCCUGGCAUGUACCAGCACUCAGUGGAGCACAGCACUGAGGGCGAGACCACGCAGCACGAGCCCGAGCACGGCGAGGACACAAUCGCCAGGGUGAAAGGCCUGGUCAAGGCUCCCCUCAAGAGGUCUCGCUCCACGGCGGACGGCGGCGACGAGGACGCUCAGGAUCAGAUCCAGGACCAGCUGCUGGAGUCUGGUGGGCCCGAGGAAGAGCAGCGUACUGACAACACCUCCCUGCUGCGCCUCCUGGAGGAGGGAGAGAAGAUCCAGCACAUGUACCGCUGUGCCCGGGUGCAGGGUCUGGACACCAGUGAGGGUCUGCUGCUGUUCGGCAAGGAACACUUCUACGUGAUCGACGGUUACACCAUGACUCUGUCUAGAGAGAUCAGGGACAUUGACACUCUGCCUGCAAAUUUGCAGGAGGCUAUCAUCCCGCGAGGAGCCAGACAAGGUCAGAGUCAGCUGAAGAGAACGUGCAGCAUCUUUGCCUACGAGGACAUCAAGGAAGUGCACAAGAGACGCUACCUGCUGCAGCCCAUGGCAGUGGAAGUCUUCUCUGCUGACGGCAGGAACUACCUGCUGGCCUUCCAGAAGGGAGUCCGCAACAAAGUCUACCAAAGGUUCCUGGCGGUGGUUCCUUCCCUGGCAGAUAGUUCUGAGUCGGUGUCAGGACAGAGACCCAACACCAGCGUGGAACAAGGCUCGGGUCUCCUCAGCACUCUAGUGGGGGAGAAGUCUGUGACCCAGAGGUGGGAGCGGGGCGAGAUCAGUAACUUCCAGUACCUGAUGCAUCUCAACACGCUGGCGGGGCGCUCCUACAACGACCUGAUGCAGUACCCCGUCUUCCCCUGGAUCCUGGCAGACUUCGACUCCGAGGAGCUGGACCUGAACAACCCCAAGACCUUCCGUAACCUGGCCAAGCCCAUGGGAGCUCAGACGGACGACAGACUGACCCAGUACAAGAAACGCUACAAGGACUGGGAGGACCCCACCGGUGAAACUCCCGCCUACCACUACGGCACACACUACUCCUCUGCCAUGAUCGUGGCCUCCUACCUGGUGCGCAUGGAGCCCUUCACGCAGAUCUUCCUCAGACUGCAGGGAGGACACUUCGACCUGGCCGACAGGAUGUUCCACAGCGUGCGCGAGGCCUGGCUCUCUGCCUCCAAACACAACAUGGCCGACGUCAAGGAGCUCAUCCCCGAGUUCUUCUACCUGCCCGAGUUCCUGCUCAACUCCAACAACUUCGACCUGGGCGCCAAGCAGAACGGUACCAAGCUGGGCGACGUCAUCCUGCCGCCCUGGGCCAAAGGAGACCCGCGGGAGUUCAUCCGGGUCCACAGAGAGGCGCUGGAGUGCGACUACGUGUCAGCUCACCUCCACGAGUGGAUCGACCUGAUUUUCGGCUUCAAGCAGCAGGGCCCGCCCGCCGUGGAGGCGGUCAACGUCUUCCACCACCUGUUCUACGAGGGCCAGGUGGACAUCUACAACAUCAACGACCCGCUCAAGGAGACCGCCACCAUCGGCUUCAUCAACAACUUUGGCCAGAUCCCCAAGCAGCUGUUCAAGAAGCCACACCCUCCCAAGCGCGUGCGUGGCAAAGCCAACGGCGACACGGCCAAUGUCCUCCCCGGCUCCAGCAGUGACAAGAUCUUCUUCUACCACCUGGACAACCUCAGACCCUCGCUGACGCCCGUCAAAGAGCUGAAGGAGCCCGUGGGUCAGAUCGUGUGCACGGACAAAGGCGUCCUGGCCGUGGAGCAGAACAAGGCGCUGGUCCCGCCCACCUGGAACAAGACCUUCGCCUGGGGCUACGCCGACCUCAGCUGCCGCCUGGCCAACUACGAGUCCGACAAGGCCUUGGUGGUCUACGAGUGUCUGUCCGAGUGGGGCCAGAUCCUGUGCUCCAUCUGCCCCAACCCCAGGCUGCUGAUCACGGGCGGGACCAGCACGGCCGUCUGCGUGUGGGAGGUGGGGACGUCCAAAGAGCGAGCCAAGUCUCUGGCCCUCAAACAGGCGCUGCUCGGUCACACGGAGGCGGUCACGUGUCUGACGGCGUCGUCGGCGUACCACAUCGUGGUGAGCGGCUCGCGGGACAGGACGUGCAUCGUCUGGGACCUGAACACGCUGUCCUUCGUCACGCAGCUGAGGGGCCACCGGGCCCCCGUGUCCGCCCUCUGCAUCAACGAGCUGACGGGCGACAUCGUUUCCUGCGCCGGCACCUACAUCCACGUGUGGAGCAUCAACGGCAACCCCAUCGCCAGCGCCAACACCUUCACCGGCCGCAGCCAGCACAUCGCCUGCUGCUGCGUGUCCGAGAUGAAUGAGUGGGACACGCAGAACGUCAUCGUCACUGGACACUCGGAUGGCGUCGUCAGGUUCUGGAGGAUGGAGUUCCUCCAGGUCCCCGAGACCCCCGCCCCGGAACCCGUGGAAGUGGACGUGGCGGAAUGCUGCGGCGAAGACAAACUUGAGGGAGGCCACGCCCACAACGGCGCCGACGAGGACAGCAGCGAGUCUGACGGAGAAGAAAGUCUUCUGGGUCAGGAACACAAAACUGCACACAAUUCUUCUGGUGCAGGAACCGCUCAGCCUGCCGGUGCCCUGCAGGCACACAAAGGAGCGCGAGCGGGAGCAUCGUGGUCGGUGGACAGCGGCUCAGACGAUUCCCGCCGCUGGUCAGACAGCCUCAGCAUCGAUGAGAAGGACGGCUUCGUUUUUGUCAACUACUCCGAAGGACAACACGGCAAAGGACUGCCGCCGCACCUCCACGCCGCCCAUCACGGCCCCAACGCCGUCACUCAGCUCUUGCACCCCCCCGCUGUGGAGACGCGCACGUACAACCAGCUGAGGGCGGGAUACAGGUGGGAGCGCCAGCUAGUUUUCAGGAGCAAGCUGACCAUGCACACGGCCUUCGAUCGCAAGGACAACGCUCAGCCCGCCGAGGUCACGUCGCUCGCCAUCUCCAAGGACCACAGUAAGAUCCUGGUGGGGGACGGACGCGGCCGAGUCUUCAGCUGGUCCGUCAGCGAGCAGCCGGGUCGCUCGGCCGCCGACCACUGGGUGAAGGACGAGGUGGUGGACGCCUGCUCGGCAUGCGGCGUGCGAUUCUCCCUCACCGAGAGACGCCAUCACUGCAGGAACUGUGGACAGCUCUUUUGUCACAAGUGUAGUCGCUUCCAGUCAGAGAUCAAGAGGCUGAAGAUCUCGUCCCCUGUGAGAGUUUGUCAGAACUGUUACUACAACCUGCAACACGAGCGCAGCACCAACCAUGACAACAACUGACCCCGCCUACGUCACCGGGUCAUGUGACCUAUCCUAGACACACUUCAACUAGCCCCGCCUCCAUCAUCGGGUCAUGUGACCUCCCCAGACAAACUUCAACUGGCCCCGCCUCCAUCAUCGAGUCAUGUGACCUCCCAGACAAACUUCAACUGGCCCCGCCCCCAUCACGGUCAUGUGACCUCCCCAGACAAACUUCAACUGGCCCCGCCCCCAUCACGGUCAUGUGACCUCCCCAGACAAACUUCAACUGGCCCCCGCCCCCAUCACCGGGUCAUGUGACCUCCCCAGACAAACUUCAUCUAGCCCCGCCCCCAUCACGGUCAUGUGACCUCCCAGACAAACUUCAACUGGCCCCGCCCCCAUCACAGUCAUGUGACCUCCCCAGACAAACUUCAACUGGCCCCGCCCCCAUCACCGGGUCAUGUGACCUCCCCAGACAAACUUCAACUAGCCCCGCCCCCAUCACGGUCAUGUGACCUCCCAGACAAACUUCAACUAGCCCCGCCCCCAUCACGGUCAUGUGACCUCCCAGACAAACUUGUCCAUAUGUACAAAUCCCAGCAAGACUUUUUCAGCGUGGGAAAAGAAGUACUCGCCAUCACCACCAGAGGGCGCCACUCUGCACAUAUUCAUGGACUUGAUGCAACAUGUGCUUCUUUUUCUUUCCUUUUGCCAAGUCAGCAAAAUGAUUGAGUUCUUAAAGACUUGAGUUGCUGCUUUUAUAGAAAACACAAAAGUCAUAUCUUUAUGUUUAACACAUUUACUGUACAGACUUUUAUUUUUUCUCUUCUUUCCCUUCAACACAAAGAUGAAAAUGUUUCCCAACACGUCAAAAACACUCCUUUGUCUCUCUUGUUGUUCACACAACUCAAUCACAACAACACUUGUUGCAACGCUUUGUGCCAAAAAUGAAACUAAAAGCUAAAACACAAUAAGACUUCAUUGAAGUUCAAAGAGGAAGAGAAGUGUCACUUAGUGAUGUCACCACUAGAGGGAAACAAAUCUCCUCUUGUUGACCCCAGCAGGAAAACAACAUGGUUGUCAUCUUCUCUUCUACUCAGUUUGAUGAACUUUAUGUGCUGAAACGUGACAAACAAUAUCACUUGUUGUUGUUUUAGCUCGUGUUCCCUGGAGGAGGUCGCCAUGUUGCUGCUAAACAUUCUCACAGCUUGUUGAAAAAACAGUUUGUUUAAAAUCAAUAUACUAACCGCUUGUUUACAAACAUACUAAGUUGUUUAUAAACAACAAACUCAGGUCGUUUACAAACAUACUAAGAAGUUGUGUACAAACAACAUACUAAGAGAUUGUUUACAAACUAAGGUUGUUUACAAACGUUCUAAGAGAUUGUUUACAAACAACUUAAAGGUUGUUUACCAUCAACAAACUAAGAUGUUUACAAACGAAGUAUGUUUACAACCAACAUUCUAAGUGGAUGUUUACAAACAACAAACUUAGAAGUUGUUUACAAACAACAAACUAAAAGUUUUUUUGACAAACAACCAACUUUAAAGUUGUUUACAAACAACAAACUAAAAGGUUUACAAACCAAGAUGUUGUUUACAAACAACAAACUAAAAGGUUGUUUACAAACAUCAAACUAAAAGGUUGUUUACAAACUACGAGGUUAUUUACAAACUAAGAGGUUGUUUACAAACAACAAACUAAGAGGUUGUUUACAAACAACAAACUAAGAGGUUGUCUACAAACAACAAACUAAGAGAUUGUCUACAAACAACAAACUAAGAGGUUGUUUACAAACAACAAACUAAGAUGUUUACCAUCAACAAAGUAAAAGAUUGUUUACAAACAAACUAAAAGGUUGCUUACAGCAAACUAAGAGGUUGUUUACAAACUAAAAUGUUGUUUACAAACAAACUAAAAUGUUGACAACCAACUUAAAGGUUGUUUACAAACAACAAACUAAAAAGUCAUUGUCAAACUAAGAGGUUGUUUAUAAACAAAAAACUAAAAGGUUAAUAACAAUCAACAAACAAAUGUGUCGUUUACAAACAACAAACUAAAAUGUUGUUUACAAACAACAAACUUAAGAGGUUGUUUACAAUCAACAAACUGAGAGGUUGUUUACAAAUGAACUAAGAGGUUGUUUACAACAAACUAAGAGGUUGUUUACAAACAAACUAAAAUGUUGACAAACAACCCACUUAAAGGUUGUUUACAAACAACAAACUAAAAGGUAAUUGUCAAACUAAGAGGUUGUUUAUAAACAAAAAACUAAAAGGUUGUUUACAAUCAACAAACAAUUGGGUUGUUUACAAACAACAAACUAAAAUGUUGUUUACAAACAAACUAAGAGGUUGAUUACAAUCAACAAACUAAGAGGUUGUUUACACUCAACAAACUAAGGUUGUUUACAAACAAACUAAAAUGUUGACAAACAAACAACUUAAAGGUUGUUUACAAACAACAAACUAAAUGGUCAUUGUCAAACUAAGAGGUUGUUUGUAAACAAAAAACUAAAAGGUUGUUUACAAUCAACAAACAAAUGGGUUGUUUACAAACAACAAACUAAAAUGUUGUUUACAAACAACAAACUAAGAGGUUGUUUACAAACAACAAACUAAGAGGUUGUUUACGAACAACAAACUAAAAUGUUGUUUGCAAACAACAAACUAAGAAGUUGUUUACAAACAACAAACUAAAAGGUUGUUUACAAACAAGUGUUUAGUGUCAUGAGACAAUGUUUGGGGGAGAGAUGUCGUGAGUCACACCUGCAUAAACACUUGGAGUGGAAACAAGCAUCAAAGCUGCCCACAGUUUGGACACUGUGGUGUUCCUUCAUUUGAAUAUGCAAAUUAGCUACUGGUUGUGUGUUUGGGGGAGGGGGGGGGGGGGUGACCUCACAGGGACACGCCCACUCAGCGCCUAAAAUUAAAGGUGUUAAAAAACAAUUGACCUUUGGCCCACUUGAUGGCAGCAAAUGAUUUGAAUCACAACUCAGACAUUCUUCAUUUCAACCUCCAAGUUUUCUAAAGCCUCAGACGAGGCGGCCAUCUUUCCUCCGACUGCCAACCAGCGUCCAAUCAGGUGUUUCCGCCGCGGGAGGCGGAGUCAGCCUCUGUCAAUCAGAUGUCCCUCGAACUAUUAUGUUUAUAUUUAAUGCAGACAGGAAGUGUACAAAGUAUUUAUGUUUUUGUUGGAUCCUCCUGCAUGUCGCUGACUUCCUGUCGCACAACUUUGUGUUCUUUGUGCAAAGAAGGCGGGGCGAGCGAGGAACAAACAAGCCAGAGAGAGAGAGAGAUAUGAGUGAUAAAGUGUGGUGUUCAGUGUGUGACUGUGGAGUGUUUGUGUUGACAUUCAAACAAGAUGUUCAACGAUGCUAAACUACUUUCAAUAAAAUGUUGUCCACC